AUGGUUCUCGAAGCAGUUAUGGUUGUAGUAGACAACAGUGAAAGCAGUCGAAAUGGAGAUUAUACACCAACACGUUUCGAAGCACAAGCAGAUGCUGUUUCAUGGAUCUUUUCUACCAUUACUCAAGCCAAUCCUGAAUCGUCGGUUGGUUUAAUGUCUAUGGGAGGUAAAGGACCAGAGGUUCUUGUUACUUUAACGACUGAUCAUGGAAAGAUCUUGGAUGGAUUACAUCGUACUAAGACUAAGAUUCGUGGAGUUAGUCAUUUAGCUACUGGUAUUCAAAUCGCUGGGUUGGCACUCAAACAUCGACAGAACAAAUCCCAACGUCAACGUAUAAUCGUUUUUACCUGUUCUCCAAUCGCAGAAGAUGAGAAAUCACUUGUUAAACUCGCCAAAAAGAUGAAGAAGAAUAACGUCUCGAUUGAUUUCGUUGUAUUCGGAGAACUCGACGAUGAUGUCACUCAAAAAUUGACGGCCUUCAAUGAAAAUGUCAAGGGAGGUGAUGGGUCACAUUUGGCUAUAAUUCCACCAGGACCAGCACUUCUCAGUGAUCAAUUAAUGACCUCACCAAUUUUGCAUGGGGAUGGAGCUUCAGGAGCAGCUGGUAUGGGAGGAGUAGAUGCUGGUGGUGAUAGUAGCGCAUUUGAAUUUGGUAUCGAUCCAAGUGUGGACCCAGAGUUAGCAUUGGCAUUGAGAAUGAGUAUGGAGGAUGAGAAAGCUAGAGUUGAGAAGAAUGAAAAGACAAGACUUGAGAAGGAAGCAGCCGAACAAUCUGCUUUAGGAGAAAUUAAGGAAGAGGAUGAGGCAUCCGCACCUCUGUUGAAUAAGGAUGGGGAAGCUAGUGGAAGUGGGGAUAAGAAAGAUGAUGAUAAAAUGGAUACGGCUUAG